AUGACUUCCGAAGACCCAAGAAUAGUUCAAUUUUAUAAUCUAAUUCAUGAAGAAGAGAAGAGUGGAAUUAUAGAUAGAAAGGAGCAUUUUGAAUAUGCGAAUAAUCAGCUUCCAAAAGGAGAUAAUUUGAUAAGAUUUUACCAUUGGAUUUUGUCUUUAGAAGUAGUACCAUAUCAGCGUGAGAAAUGGGAUUCUGUGAUACAAGGACUAAGAAAUAAUUACGUAGAAAUACUCAAUCAGCAUCUUGAAUAUGAUGAAAAUUUCCUUCAUAAACCAAUAGAAGAAGAAAUGGAUUCAGAGAUGUCAAAGUUGCUUCAAGAAGUUGAUAAUGAUAUGAAAAGGACAGUAAAUUCAUUUAGAUCCUCAUUAAUUUCACAUUUAGAAACUUCGGAUUUAGAAAUUCAUACAAGAAGGAUGGAAAGAAUCUUAAUCUUAUUCGCAAUUACAGAACCAGAUCUAAACUACAUUCAAGGACUUAAUGAAUUAAUUUUACCAAUUUAUACAGUUUCUUAUUAUGCAGGAAUGAAACUCAACUAUGAUGUCAUAACAAUUGAAGCCGUAUCUAUGAAAUUACUAUCCCAACUCUUGAUUCGAAAUGGUUUAAUCGUAAUUUAUUCAUCAUUAGAAAAUACUCGUCAGAUAUAUCAAUAUUUCAAUGUUAUUAACAAAGCAAUUGCAAUGAAUGAUAAGGAAUUGUCAUCAUACUUUAACGAAAUUGGAAUUUUAAAUCCGAUGCAUUAUUGUUUCUCUUGGAUCCUUACAAUGUUUGCCCAAGUACUAUGCUUUGAUGAUGUAAUUCGUCUUUGGGAUUAUUUAGUAAUAUUAAAUGAAAAUAUGGUUCAUUUCCAAUUCAUGAUGACUGCUGCAAUUGUUUUAUAUAAGAAACGAAGUAUAAUAGGUGUAAAAGCAGAUAGAAUUAUUGGAACUCUUCAUUCCAUAAAAGAUCUUCCUUAUAUUCCGAUCCUUAGGAUUGCAAACUCUCUUUACUCUUCUAUGUAUAGAGAUUUAACUCAUUGA